GGGGCGGGCUCCGGGGAAGGAGGAAGACGAGGAGGAAGAUGGCGGCGCCUGGCCUGGCCUGAGGCCUGGUCUGUGUCUGUGAGGCGGGAAGGAAGGCGGCGGAGGGAAGAGGACGGAGAGAGAGAGAGAGAGAGAGAGGACAAGAGAGUUCUCUGGAGCCACCCCUGCCGUGAUGGGAAACGAACCAGCUUCUAGUCGAUAUUAAGGCAUUUGGAAACCAAAGUGCAGUAAGGAAACCAGUCCUCUAGGAAAAAGGAUUCCUCUUAAGGGGCUGAUCUUGCUGAAUUCCUACAUUCACUUCGGAUUAUAGAGUAGAACCAUAGAGUCAGAAGAGACUGCAUGAGGCACCCAGUCCAGGCCUCUGCCGUGCAGGAAAAGCGCAAAGUACCCCUGACAGAUGAGCAUCUGGCCUCUGUUUAAAAGAUUCCAGAGGAACCUCCACUACAUUUUGAGGCAGAGAGUUCCACCGCUGAACAGCUCUUACAGUCAGGAAGUUCUUCUUAAUGUUGAGAUGGAAUCUACUUUCCUGUAAUUUGAACCCAGUGCUGUGAGUAAUCAGAAAGGGAAAAACAAGAGUCAAGUGUCCAUAUUGCAAUUAAAUGUACAUAACUGUUGACAUGGAGGAGAAAGCAUAUAAAUGUAUCGAAUGUGGAAAGAGCUUUGGUCAGCAUGGAAACCUGAAGACACAUCAAAGGACUCACACUGGGGAGAAACCCUAUAACUGCCUGGAGUGUGGACAGAGCUUUACUCAGAAGGGACACCUACAAAGACAUCAAAGGACUCACACUGGAGAGAAACCCUUUAAAUGCCUGGAUUGUGGACAGAGCUUUGCUCAUAGUUCAGGACUACGUUCGCAUCAAAGUACACAUACUGGGGAGAAACCCUAUAAAUGCCUGGAGUGUGGACAGAACUUUGCUCAGAGUUCAGCUCUACGUCAACAUCAAAGGACCCACACUGGGGAGAAACCCUAUACAUGCCAGGAGUGUGGACAGAGCUUUGCUCGGAGUUCAGGUCUACAUUCACAUCAAAAGACUCACACUGGGGAGAAACCCUAUAACUGCCUGGAGUGUGGACAGAGCUUCACUGAGAAGGGACACUUACAAAGACAUCAAAGGACUCACACUGGGGAGAAACCCUUUAAAUGCCUGGAGUGUGGACAGAGCUUUUCUGCUAGUUCAACUAUACGUAAACAUCAAAGAACACACACUGGGGAGAAACCCUAUAACUGCCUGGAGUGUGGACAGAGUUUUGCUGAUAGUUCAGCUCUACGUCAACAUCAAAGGACCCACACUGGGGAGAAACCCUAUACAUGCCAGGAGUGUGGACAGAGCUUUGCUCGGAGUUCAGGUCUACAUUCACAUCAAAAGACUCACACUGGGGAGAAACCCUAUAACUGCCUGGAGUGUGGACAGAGCUUCACUCAGAAGGGACACUUACAAAGACAUCAAAGGACUCACACUGGGGAGAAACCCUAUAACUGCCUGGAGUGUGGACAGAGCUUUGCUAAGAGUGGAGAUCUACGUUCACAUCAAAGAACUCAUACUGGGGAGAAACCCCAUAAAUGCCUGGAGUGUGGACAGAGCUUUGCUAAGAGUGGAGAUCUACGUUCACAUCAAAGAACUCAUACUGGGGAGAAACCCUAUAAAUGCCUGGAGUGUGGACAGAGCUUUGCUCGUAGUUCACAUCUAAAAACCCAUCAAAGGACCCACACUGGGGAAAAACCCUAUAAGUGCCUGGAGUGUGGACGUAGCUUUACUCAGAGUUCAGCUCUACGUUCACAUCAAAGAACUCAUACUGGGGAGAAACCCUAUAAAUGCCUGGAAUGUGGACAGAGCUUCACUCAGAGUUCAGAUCUACAUAAACAUCAAAUGAUCCACACUGGGGAGAAACCCUAUAAAUGCCUGGAGUGUGGACAGAGCUUUACUCAGAGUUCAGGUCUACGUUUACAUCAAAGGACUCAUACUGGAGAGAAACCCUAUAAAUGCCUGGAAUGUGGCCAGAGCUUCUCUCGUAGUGGAAAUCUACGUAGACAUCAAAGGACUCACACUGGGGAGAAACCGUAGAAAUGCAUGGAGUGUGGACAGAGCUUUUCACGGAAUAACAUUACACAUAGACAUCAUACAAUUCACCCUGGAGAGAAUGGUGUUAAUUGACCCCAGAGUGUCAUUCUAACAUGUACAAAAGCAACUCUUGCAAAUUAUGGAGAUGCAAGCUCAAAGUUGGGGCAUUUCAUCACAUGUGGUGUAUUGUAGAAAGACUGAAUUAAAAUACAUUCCAUUCUGGAAGUAAUUAAGGUUAAAUGAAACUAGAGUUUUAUAUGUUGAGAAUGUUGGAUGAUGAAUUAGAAUGAAAACAUGUUUGGUCAUUCGCUUGUUUUGUUCUGAGCUCAAAGGGUGUUCAGGGAAGAGUGAGGUCCGUGAGAUCCAGGAGGCCCUUCAGAGACCACGUCUGGUUGCUUUGCUGGGAAGUCAUGCAAACACGUUCACACAAAAGGGAAGGUUGGAAGAUUUGGUUCAUACAGAUUUUAAGUUAAUAACUUUUUAAAAAUAGAAGAUAAAAUUUGGAAACUUGAAUUAUUAAGUCUGGAGUUGAAAACAUGACACAAUUCAGACAAUGGUUUGUGACACAACAACAACACUUCUAGUGAACUACAGCUCCCACCAUGGUGGGUCAGUUCCCCCCAAACCCCUCCAGUAUAUUAAGUUAGUCUUGGUGGUUCUGUGUGCCACAUUUGGUCCCGGUCUAUUGUCGGUGGUGGUCCCAGUGUCUCUGGAUGCAGGUGAACUCUAAAUCCCAGUAUCUACAACUCCCAAAGCUUACCAGUCUUCCAAAUUGGCCAUAUCGGGUAUGCUUGCCAGGCUUAUCUUACCUUUGAUACACAAGCACCCAGGCUGUUCAGGACACUAUACCUCCCUGCUACUUGUAGAUACUCAUUCAGCUACAAAUGACAAUGUUGCAAAGUUUUGUGCAUCCAAAAUGCGCCAGGGGAUGUCGGGUCCCAAAAGUUACCUAUGUCUCCAGUAAUCAUCUCUCUUGGUUCUAUAACUGGCUGAUGGGCCUCUGCGUUGUAUGUUUUUGCCCUGUUUCCCCUUCCGCUUCCCCCCCCCCCUCGGUUAUUGUGCUUUAGUAUCUUUAUAUUUUAAAUGUAUUAAACGUACCAAGUUUGUAUGUAACUGUGACCUUUAUUUCCUGUGCUGGUCUAUGACCGAAAUAAAUGAUGUGAUUUGAAA